AUGUCCUCGGGUCAGACGUCAUCUGACGAUACUGUUUGUGAAGGGACGUCAAACGAUGUGAAAAAGCUACAGAAUGUAUUUCGGGUGACUGUGGAGGGGAAGAAGCAGCUCUCUGGGUUUCAUUCACGGCGGGCUCAUAGGAAGUCUCGAGCAGGUUGUUUAACCUGUAAGAAAAGAAGGGUCAAGUGUGAUGAAUCAAAGCCAGACUGUUCAAGGUGCCAGAAAAGAGGCUUAGACUGUUGCUACGCUUCCGAAGUGUCUCUUUCCAACGGUGCGAGGUCAUUGGACGAAGCGUUUGCGUUGGAAGACCCGACUACCACCUUCUUCACUCUCUCGCUUGAUAAUGUCACAAGAGGCAUCGAGGAGACUCUGAGCUUUGAUAUAAACUGGAAGCCGGAUGCAUUGUGGAACUCAAAGUCUACUCAUCCUAUGAGUACAGUAGCCUUCCAGAAUUUCGUCAGGGGUGCAACCGAGACCAUGGCGAACCCCGCCAUCCGGGAUAUCAUGAGGACUGAUAUGAUACGGGUUUCGUUCACUAGCGCUCACCUGAUGUACACAAUUCUUGCAGUUGGUAUGCUGCACCUCAACCGCGUGUCGCCUAGCAAAGAGCGAUCUUUGGCAGAAUCAUAUUUCUGGCUACACGCCAUCCAACUAUAUCAAAAAGCACUGUCAUCAAGUGUCAGCAAAGAUAAUGUUGACGCUCUUCUGUCCAGUUGCAUGCUGAUGAGUGUGAUGACCGUGUGUCCGGAAAGGUUUGCGGUAACAGAUUCUUGGGUUCUCACCAACAGACCAGAGGCCAUGAACUGGCUUUGCUUCCAGAGUGGACUCCGGUGCAUUCUAACUCUUGCUUCGCCAUGUAUACCGAGCAGCAUCUGGGCCACCGCAUUUGCUGGCAUUAACAAAGAGGAACGUCAGAUCUUCGACGGGGCUCAGCAGGGCCGAGAUGGUCUUGAUCCGGAUUUGGCGGACCUUUGCGGCAUUGAUGAUCUUACUACGGAGAAGACCAGCGUUUAUUAUAGCCCGCUUCGCAUCCUUACUUCACUGCUGCAAUUGGAAAGGAACGCUCCCAAUUCUGGCCAUUGUACUUCAUUUAUGGGCAGAUUGGAGUGCGAUUUCCUUGAUCUACUGAGGAAGAGAGACCCGCCUGCUCUUAUCAUCUUGGCGCAUUGGAUGGGUCUCAUGUGCUGUGUCUCACAGUGGCAGCCUUGGAUAGAGGGGAGAAUCAGGGGAGAAUGUGUUGCGAUUUGCAUGUUUUUGGAACAUAGUACAGAUCCCAGAAUUUUGCGUCUUCUACGCUUCCCGGCGGAUUCGUGUGGUUAUAGGCUUGAUGAUUCAUGA